GCACUCCGCCCACGCGGGGGCGAUAUUGGUCACCCCCCCCCAAAAAAAAAGGAAUCGAGCUGUUAUGAGGAAUGCAGACAAAAUGUUAUCACUUUCUCAAUUUUGGGAAUUUUUUAUCUGACUCUCUUCGGAUACCAUUGCAACUGACGCACGUACAGUGAUGGCUGUGCAUUAGCUCGGUGGCUCACACGGUUGUUUCGCGUUUCUCGUCAUACGUGGUGAGGAGUGGACAGUUUUACACGAGUCCCAUCCCGUCAGCAUGACCAAAGACAUUGUCAUCGGAGAUGAUCUGCCUGACUGGGUGGGUGCCAAGGAGUUUUACCAGAAAUAUGACCCCAAAGAGGUGAUCGGCCGUGGCGUGAGCAGCGUGGUGCGCAGGUGCGUCCACAGACACACGGGGCAGGAGCUGGCCGUCAAGAUCAUCGAGAUCACCGCCGAGAAGAUGACCAUCCAGCAGCUGGAGGAGGUGAAGAGGUCCACGCUCAAGGAGAUCCAAGUCCUCAACGUGGUCAAGGGCCACUCGUCCAUCAUUACGCUCAUCGAUUCCUACGAGUCUGCAACUUUCAUCUUCCUGGUGUUUGACCUUAUGAGGCGGGGGGAGCUGUUCGACUACCUCACAGAAAAAGUUACACUGAGCGAGAAGGAAACGAGGAGCAUGAUGCGAGCUCUCCUGGAAGCGGUGCGCUACCUCCACUCCCUCCACAUCGUCCACCGCGACCUGAAACCCGAGAACGUUCUGCUGGACGACCAGGGACACAUCAAGCUGUCCGACUUCGGCUUCUCGGUGCAACUGCAGCCCGGGGAGAAGCUGAGAGAGCUGUGCGGAACGCCCGGUUAUUUGGCUCCCGAAAUCCUCAAGUGCUCCAUGGAUGAAAUGCACCCCGGCUACGGAAAAGAGGUUGAUCUCUGGGCAUGCGGCGUGAUCCUUUUCACCUUACUGGCUGGCUCGCCGCCGUUCUGGCACCGCAAGCAGAUGCUGAUGCUCAGGACCAUCAUGGAGGGCCGCUACAAGUUCGGCUCGCCUGAGUGGGACGACCGCUCGGACACCGUGAAGGAUCUGAUCUCCCGGCUGCUGGUGGUGGACGCCGGCGCGCGUCUGACGGCCGAGCAGGCCCUGGCGCAUCCUUUCUUCAGGCAGUACCAGAAGGAAGAAGUGCGACUCUUCAGCCCUAGAAAGUCGUUCAGGGUGCUGAUGCUGACGGUGCUGGCCUGCAUCCGGAUGUACGGCCGGUACCGCCGGGCCCGCCCGCUGACGCGCGAGGUCCUGGCCCGCGAUCCGUACUCGCUGCGCGGCGUGCGCAAGCUCAUCGACGGCUGCGCCUUUCGCAUCUACGGCCACUGGGUGAAGAAGGGCGAGCAGCAGAACCGGGCCGCCCUCUUCCAGAACACGGCCAAGGUCAUGCUGCUCGAGCUGGAGGACUUUGAAACAUAAACCUCAUGUCUGGGAUCGUUUUAUUUUCAUUUAGGUUUUUUUUUUUUUAACACAGCUGUCUGUUGUGUGCAUUUUUCAAGUCGCAAGUUUAAUUUUUUUUUUUUUUUUUUAAAGGACUUGAUAAAUCGAUGCCUUACUUACUGCAGUCUGUCUCAAGCAAGCACAGACUUAAAAAAAAAUAUUAUUUUUGUGGCUGUUUAAAACUUCAACUCAUAUUUGCGCUGCGCUUUGCAUGAAAAGUGCAUUUUUUUUUUACGUGUUUAUAUGCGAUUGUAACACUUGACCUCGUAUGGAAAGCACUGUGAUUAGCUAUAAACUUCUUGGGGGAGGGGGGGGGGUUGGUUUUUUUUUUGGUAUAUUUGGCUUUUCAGGUGAAAUUUCCCGAUGCACACAAAAGGCAGAAAGUCCCGAAACGUUGAAAAAAUGAAUCAAAAAUCGGGUUUCGACUACAUUUCCAAUUCACCUCCAAUAACCCAACAUAACUAUAAUCCCCCCCCCCCCCCC